CAGCUGGUGCUUCUGAAGGCGGCCGACUGGCGGGCGGGCGUGGGGUGUUGGUGGUGGCGGGGCAACGCUGCGGGAGCAGCCUCGGCCGCCACCGCCUUGCACCAUUGCACCAUGUCGGGGCAGCUGGAGUGUUGCGAGCGCGAGUGGCACGAGCUGGAGGGAGAAUUUCAGGAACUGCAGGAGACCCACAGGAUCUACAGGCAGAAGCUGGAGGAGCUGACAGCACUGCAGGCCUUGUGUAGCAGUUCCAUCCACAAGCAGAAGAGGCGACUCAAGGACUUGAAGCACACGCUCCAGAGGUACAAGCGCCAUGCCAGCCAGGAGGAGACAGAGCUGGUCCAGCAGAUGAGUGCCCACAUUAAGGAGCGGCAGAACGUCUUCUUUGACAUGGAGGCCUACCUGCCCAAGAAGAAUGGGCUCUACUUGAAUCUGGUCCUUGGUAAUGUGAAUGUGACCCUCCUCAGCAACCAGGCCAAGUUUGCCUACAAGGAUGAGUAUGAGAAGUUCAAGCUCUACCUGACUAUAAUCCUGCUCCUGGGAGCUGUGGCAUGUCGCUUUGUCCUUCACUACAGGGUGACGGAUGAAGUUUUUAACUUCCUGCUGGUGUGGUAUUACUGCACCCUGACGAUCCGGGAGAGUAUUCUCAUCAGCAACGGCUCGAGAAUUAAAGGCUGGUGGGUGUCUCACCAUUAUGUCUCUACGUUCCUGUCUGGAGUGAUGCUGACCUGGCCCAAUGGACUAAUUUAUCAGAAGUUUCGCAAUCAGUUUUUAGCAUUCUCAAUUUUUCAGAGCUGUGUCCAGUUCCUACAGUAUUAUUACCAGAGGGGCUGCCUCUACAGGUUGCGAGCCCUGGGUGAGAGGAAUCACCUGGACCUCACUGUGGAAGGAUUCCAGUCCUGGAUGUGGCGAGGCCUCACCUUCCUCCUCCCUUUCCUCUUCUGUGGCCACUUCUGGCAGCUCUACAAUGCUGUCACACUGUUUGAGCUCUCCAGCCAUGAAGAAUGCAGAGAAUGGCAGGACCAGCCUGAUGCUGGGAACUCAUUGCCUUUACCCAGUUCACCUACCUCUGCCUCUGGAAACCCCUGCAGCUUUGCUGGAGCCCUGGGGCCUCAGGUCGUGCACACCAAACUCCAGAAGAACAGAAACAAGAUGAAGAAGCCAUGAGCCUUGGACUUGACUGCAUUCAAGGUUGGGUGCGCCAAAUUCCAGAAGAACAGAAAUGAGAUGAAGAAGCCGUGAGCAUCUCAACUUGUGUGCCCCUGGAGUCCCGGACUUUGAGACUACUGGGGAUUCCUGUUGGCACCCUGGAUGCCCGUCACUGGUGGCCAAGGGCAGUAGCAUCUCAGGGGCCAGUGGCAUUGCUGGGAACAGGGCUGAGGCCCCCCUCCCAAGCAGGACACGAGGAAUGUGAAGCCCACCUCUCUGCACAGUAUUAGUCUCCCUAUUUAUGACAUAUUUAAUACUGGGUCCUCCCAACUUCCCUGGAAUCUGAGGCCUUCCCUGCUGCUCUCAGCAAUAGCUGAGACUGGGUCAGUCUUCUUAGGGGUGGGGCCCAAAUCCUCAGGGAGCCCCUUUGUCCCCACCCCUGUCAUUUGAACCCCCUCACGAAGGGGUUUGGAUGUGCCUCGCAGGGGUUGGACUUAUGCUGACUUGCUGCUUACAGCACCCCAGGCGCAGGGUGGAAUGAAACCUUCCAGCAUCCUGUGGAGCCCCCUCCCCUGGGCCCCAGCUGCCCCUGCUGUAAGCCCCCUCCGCGGCCCUCGCCCUCAGUGAUGGGGGAUUAUUUAAGUUCUCAGAGAACCA